AAUAACAACAACAAUAAUAAGUUGGCUUCAACAGCCACACAGCUAGCCCUAUUUAGUGGCGAGGCUUAGAGGCAUUGGUGAUCGAGCAGGCCUUAAGGCAAUUUGCCUUUUCAAGGCAGUGAGCGAAGAUCUGGAAGACAAGAAAGUUCUUCAAGACUAUCAUCACAGAAGUUCUCCGAAAAUAACAACUACAACUAUACUAUAAAGAAGCGAACAAAAAAAAACAACAAAAACUGCUGACCCUUUUUCUCAGAGGACUCUGAUCUCCAAUUUCCAAAACCUCAUUAUACUAUUAACACUACAGCUAGACUGUAGAACUGAAUUAUUGUGUAUCAAGUUCUUCUCCAUUUAAACUAAGCGAAGAGUCAAUCUACUCUAUAUCUUUUUCAUUGAUUACACUUCUUCACUUUAUCACUGUACAAACUUAUUAAAUUACGUAAACAUACCAUAUUAUAUGAUAAUACUAAUUGUAAUAAAAACAUACUAGUCUAAAUAUAGCCAACUGUAAUAUUGAAUAAUCAUAUAGAGGAAUAUUAAGCUCUUACAUAUGGGACAACGAAUGUGAUACAUUUAGUUUUAAUAAACUUACAUGAGAGAAAAGAGCGAAAAACAAGGGUCUGAGCAAUACACGAGCCAGGACGAGUCUUUAAAUACUGCAACAAAUCAAGAUUUAUACUAAUCAAACAUAGAAAGACAACGUGAAAACCAACCGUAAGGAGCGUUUGGGAAGAUCGUAUCCGAAGACGGAAAGUCUUGCAGCUGAAACCUAAUCAAUCAGGAGCGUCUUUAAUUGUGAUAGUGGUCGACCGCUGAAGGGUUUUCGACUACCCUACAAAGAAGUAUUAGGAAGGCGUUAAGUGUUUAUUCAGGGGCCAUUGUCUGCCGAUUCGCUUAAGCGCAAUGAUGGACGCCGUUUGUCCGGUCGUGUCAGGGGUGGUCGCCGGAACAGGAGUUGGUGGAGUUGGCGCUGGGGGUUCUAGUGCAGGGGGCGGGCCUGCGCACUUUGUCGUACCGGAGGACAUGCAACACCUUGGUAUCGCGCCUAUCGGUGAUCCGCACCACGCUAGCUUUGUCAAUACGCUCAUUUAUUCUCAGGAGACAGAUGGCAUCAUUAUGGAAAGUGAUGAACUGGCUACGGAAAUUGUUGGCGAGAUCAUGCCCGUUCCUGAAACUGUUGCUCAACAUCAGGAGGUGAUUCAUAUGGACCUCGCUCGAGAUGAGUCUAGCUUGAUCAGUGGAUCUGGAGGAAAUUCAGGCGAACUGGAGGAAGGCCAUACGAUGGGCACCGAAGUGAUAUCUGAAAGCAUGGCUGGUUCUGUGGCAGUAGGCGUUGGUGGCGUGCACCAGCAUUCGGAUGAGGAUGAAGAUGUAAAAUCUGGAAUUGUGCUUCACGUUCAUGACAUUAAGCAAGAAUUGCCAGGUUGCGGUCCUGAGGAAGAAGCGGCUGUUGGCGUUUCGGAAGAGGUAGUCGUUGAUUCUUCACGAUUUUUUCUCGAAGAGGAUGGUCUUGAUACGCCGCCGGUCGAGACAGAAAAUGAACAAGUCAUAACGGCUGAUGACGAAGAUGAUGGCGGUAUCCAUGUGGGAAUGCAACACCACCAUCACCUAGACCAGCACCAGCAGGUUGGACAGGUGCAGCAUCUGCAUACAAGACACCGGGGUGGUCGGUCGCACAGCGGUCGUCACAGCAACCACGCACGAGGCUAUCACGAAGAUGCUGAAGUAGAUAGUGAAGAGGCAGCGGUAGCUGAACCUGGUUUAGAAAUGGGCGAGGAAAUUGUCGAAGACGUUGAAAUGUCGACGAAUGCUCUAGUAAUCGCUUCCAGCGAAAUGGGCAUCGCCAGGGGUAGAGGUCGCACGAGAGACCAGGCAGGUGCUAGCAGCCGAGGAGGUCAACUCGGCGCCAAUUAUCAAAGUGAUACACAACCGCAUUUCCUUGGAGCGCACCGGGAUAACCUUCAAGACGAGCAUGUGUUCCACGAUCAGGAACAAGCUGUAACAUCAGGAUACUCAUGUAUGGAAUGCGGAGCGGUCCUGAAAUCUAAGGCUGCUGCUAAAAAGCACUUGAUUCAAGUACACAAUUACCAGUGCACCUCUAAGCGAAAACAUCUUCGACAACAACAACAGCAACAGCAGCAAAUGGAAACGCAGAUGCAACAGCUGCAGUAUAAUACCCAGGCCGCGUCAUCGGCAUUAGCUUUGUCAGUUGGAGGAGCGCCUACAUCCUUGGUCGUUAGCGGAUUGGAUGACGUCCAAACAGGCCUCUCGAAUAUUCCCCAAAUGUACCAAUGUCCUUCCUGUGCGUAUUCGACUACGCGAAGAGACAAGUUAGACAAGCAUGUCAUGAAGCAUGUUUUGCAGGAUGGCUAUCAUCCUUGCGGAAAAAAGCGUCACCGGCCGGAAGCUCCACCGCAGAGACAUCGCCAUAAUGCUGAAGAAUAUCAUUGUCCGUAUUGUUCCUACGGCUGUACCGUUUAUAAGGCACUUCGAAAACAUAAAAAACUCCACUUGCAGGGCAAGGCACUCGUUGGGGCAGUGAAGUUAUCUUGUAAAGUUUGCGGAAAAGAUCGAAACUCCGAGGAAGAAAUGGCCCGACACAUGCGAAAACAUCGGCAGGGGGAUAACUUCGUUUGUGACAUUUGCGGCUUCACAUCUAUUCAGCUUAAAAAAAUCAUUCAGCAUCGGCGAAUGCACACGGGAGAGAAACCCCAUCUUUGUCCGCACUGUAGUUACCGGUCAGCACGUCGAGACAACCUUCGAUCACAUGUGCGUCGCAUGCAUAAACGGGACAACAUGUAUAUCGAUACAUUUAACCCGAGUAACGCUCCAGACUCCGGACUCCCGCAAACAUAGUAAAAACGCCGAAACUUUUUGGAUAAGGUCGCCAUUGCCAGCACUCCCAUGGCUGGAGGUUGUAUAAAUAACUCUCGUAUUUUAAACUGAAGUUCGUUUCGAAAUUAGUCCAUCGUUGUAAUUGGAAUGCUGGCUGGCGCACAUCGGUGAUUGGGCAUUUAUUACGACAUCAGCGAAGAACCUAAGGGCAAACCGGAAACAGUCUGGAUGUGUUGUAUAACGUUAAUGGAACAGCUUUCUAUGUGCACAGACAGGGCUCGUUACAGCAAUCCAUCAAGUGAGAUUGCUGCCAAAUGGGUGGAAAUGACCCCCCUGAAUCGAGUCUGCAAGAGACCUGGGUCAGCCGAAAUAAAAUAUUACUGUGCUUGCAGAGUUUAUGUACGAGGGGAGUUACUAAGUGGAAGGUGCCCUUUUGUGUAAUACUGUAUUAUAUAUAUUUAAUAUUAAUAAAAAAUAUAUGUAUAUGUUUUCAA